GGGAGUCACGUGGGCGGCGCGAAGAUGGCGGCGCCCGCCGCGACCUUCCGCUGGCUGCUGCCGCGGAGCCGCCCGCUGCUGGCCCGCCCGGGGCUGGCUGCCGCCGCUGCUGCCCGGCCCUACGGUGUGCGGGCCUCCGACACCGGCGAGCUGGUGACGCACACCGGGCAGGUAUAUGAUGAGAAGGAUUAUAGAAGAGUUAGAUUUGUUGGACGACAAAAGGAGGUGAACAAGAAUUUUGCUAUCGAUUUGAUAGCAGAGCAGCCUGUGAGUCAAGUUGAAAGCAGAGUGAUAUCGUGCGAUGGUGGUGGUGGAGCUUUGGGACAUCCCAAAAUAUACAUAAACUUGGACAAAGAGACAAAGACUGGAACAUGUGGAUACUGUGGACUUCAGUUUAAACAGAAGCAUCACUGAAUGAUCAUCCCUGUGUGCUUGCAGGUUUCUGCUCAGAUGUUAAUGUUCAACUAUAAAUAAACAAUAUAUUUAGAAAGCCAA